AUGGCCGCUCCACCAUCUGCCUAUAAAGAUAGGCAAUUCCUAGCUGUCAUUGGUGAUGAGGAUUCUGUAACUGGACUGCUGUUGGCAGGUAUUGGUCAUGUUACCUCUCCGCCAGAUUCGCAAAAAAACUUCCUCGUUGUCGAUAGCAAAACGGAUAAUGCUGCCAUUGAGGAAGCCUUCGAGAGAUUCACAACUGAAAGGAAGGAUAUCGGCAUCCUAUUGAUCAACCAACAUAUUGCGGAACGCAUACGCCAUCGAGUCGAUACCUACACGGCCGCAUUCCCUGCAUUGUUGGAGAUACCUAGCAAGGACCACCCAUACGAUCCGGAGAAGGAUAGUGUUUUGAGAAGAGUCCGAAGACUCUUUGGAGAGUAA